GGUGCCGGGAGCAGCCGGGUCUGGGCGGGGGGGCGAAGGUGCAUGGGGUGGCGGGAGUGGGCGGUGUCCACGGAGACGCGUCAGCCGCCGCUGCCGGCCCCUCCCCUGGCAGCCCGGGGCCCGCGGGGAGCGACGCGGCGGGGAUGAAGAGGGUCGGUUUGCACCCACGGUAGCGGCGCGGCCGCCGCCUCCGCCAUGAAGCGGAAGAGCUGGGCCGAAGCCCGGCGCCGCGCCAGCCCGCCGCCGGCUCUGAAGAGAACUCGGAGCGCAGCGUCGAGGGCGGCGGGGGUUGAGGAGCGGGACGAGGAACGGCGACAGACGCCCUCCGCCGCCGCGCCCGAGACCUGCGUGCAGAUCACCGAUCGCCUUUAUUUCGCAAUUCUCUGCCAAAAACCAAAGAGUGGAGCUGCAGAUACCCAUUAUUUCUGCGUAGACAAUGAACUUGUGUAUGCGAACUUCUAUGGAGAUUUUGGACCACUAAAUCUGGCAAUGGUCUACAAGUACUGCUGCAAACUAAAUAAGAAAUUAAAGUCGUUUUCAUUGAUAAAGAAGAAAAUAGUUCAUUAUACUGGCGUUGAUCGAAAAAAGCAAGCAAAUGCUGCAUUUCUCAUAGGCUCCUACGCAAUAAUAUAUCUGAAAGAAUCACCAGAAGAUGUGUACAAGCUUGUUUUGGCUGGCAGUGUUUCAUAUCUUCCUUUCAGGGAUGCUUCAUUUGGUACUUGCAGUUUUCAUCUAACUUUGCUGGAUUGUUUUCAUGCAAUAAGCAAGGCUUUGCAGUAUGGUUUUCUGGAUUUUGAUGAAUUUGAUGUAAAUGAAUAUGAGCAUUAUGAGAGAGCAGAAAAUGGAGAUUUUAACUGGAUAAUACCAAACAAAUUCAUUGCCUUCAGUGGACCUCAUUCAAGAAGUAAAAUUGAAAAUGGCUAUCCCCAUCAUGCUCCAGAAGCUUAUUUCCCAUACUUCAGGAAACAUAAGGUCACCACUAUAAUACGCCUCAACAAAAAAAUGUAUGAUGCCAGACGUUUUACGGAUGCUGGAUUUGAGCAUUUUGACCUCUUCUUUGCUGAUGGAAGCAUACCUAAUGAUACCAUCGUUAAAGCAUUUCUAAGUAUUUGUGAAAACGCUGAAGGUGUUAUAGCCGUUCAUUGCAAAGCUGGUCUUGGACGAACUGGCACACUUAUUGCCUGUUAUAUUAUGAAGCAUUAUCGAAUGACAGCUGCUGAAACUAUUGCCUGGAUUAGGAUAAACAGACCAGGUUCAGUGAUCGGACCACAACAGCAUUUCCUAAUGGAGAAACAGCCAGAACUUUGGAGAGAAGGAGAUCUUUUCCAUGCAAAGUUGAGACGAAACUGUAAAAUGGGUGUAACAAGAAUCCUGUCAGGAGUAGGUCAUAUUUCGAUUAAUGGUAUUAGAAACAGGAGAGCCAUCCAAAACGACACUGAACUGUACAGUGAUGAAGAUGAAACAGACUGUAUAACACAAGGUGAUAAGCUUCGUGCUCUGAAAAGUAAAAGGCAGGCAAAAUCUACAGCUGCAUCUCCACUAAAAUGGCUCCUAGCUAUGCUGGUGUCUACACUGUGUAGCAUUGUCAUCUGGUGGAUUGUAUGUGGCUCCCUUCUUCCCAGCCUGCUAUUCUGUCUAGAUGGUUUAAGAAAAUAGUAACCAUCAGGACCCCCUGAGAGAGAGCCACUGUCAGCCAGUCCAUCACAAGAACUAGAACAGUAUUGCGUUAAAAUUUCAAAUCAGCAAGCAAUGUUGAAAGGGGAUAUCCAGGCAUGAAGGAGAUACAACUUGAAGACACUUGAUUGCAGUUCUAGGAAGAUGUCUUUGGCUCCAUUUAAACAGAAGAAACUUACUCAUACUUGUAAAAUAAAACUGGCAACAUGCUUGGUAUACAAUCUCUUAAUUAUUAAUGCUUCCUCAAGCAAAACCAACAAAAUAUGUGUAAAUUCAGACUCAGGUGUAAAUACUUGAGCUCUCUAUUGUAAAGAGGGCUCCCUACCAUAUAUGAUGCAUGUGCAUAAAAUGUGAUGGCAAUCACAGCUGCUGACCACCAGAAGUGAGAAAAUGGUGGGAGUUUUUAAUAUGUAAAUCUAUGUUGUUCAUUCAGACUGGGCUCAAGUCCCCACUUGAGACUGAAACUCUACCACAGAGGCUUUUUACUAAUAGGAUUGGUACUCUCUUGUGUUAACUGGUAUUCUUUCUUAUUUUAUAUGAUGUUUUUUUUUAUGAAGUCCCGGUGUUGAGAACACAAAAUAACUAUUGUUCACCAAAGAGUGCUUUAUUUUCAAAGACUGUGAUUUCUUUUUUAUUUUAAUUUUGGAAAAAAAAAAGAAAAAAAGAAAAAAAGCCAACUGAAAGCAAUUAUCUUGUUUUUAAUAGCGAUAGAUUUUCAGUUGUUCCCAACCACUGGCUCUUUUACCUAUUUGUAAUUGCUUUAAAUCCAGUAUGAUUGUAGGAAGGAGGAAAAACAUUUAAAGCAGUGAAAUGUCAUUACUCUUUUUUUUCAUAUCUUCAGAUCUUUUAGAUGAAUCUUUAGAUUACCAUAUCUGAAAGAUAAGACUUUUUUUGCCAGGAUUUAUUGGUAGGUGUAAUAAGUUAUGAAUGUUACUGUUUUUUUUUGCUUGAAAGUACUCAAUGAGUUCAGCACAUUUAAAAAAAAAAA